GAUAAACUUUUAUACUGUUUUGAAGUAGUAAAUACACGGUUUUAAUGCCGACAAUCAACGCAUCUGUUUCUUUAUCUUGUAGAUAUUUUUUUGUAUUUUCCACGUAGUUUCUUUUUUUUUUUGGUAAAAAUGUUAAGAUAUUAUUACCAAUUUUCAAUUUUUGACAGAAAUACAAUGGGAAACAAGAAACAGAGGAAAUGAAAUGCAACUAAACACAUACUCUUCCUAGACCAGAAUGGGACUGACACAACAAGCUGAACAGCUAACCACAAGCCUCGCCAAGUCGAAACAUGCCACUUGCCGCAAAAAGAUGAACCACAGUGAAAUCGAGAGUCGGAACCCGGUAGAAUUUGGCUUGCCCGAUGAUCCGCUCUUUAUGAUAAGGCUCAACCAAGAACAGCUCGUGGUAGACCAACUAAGCUACAGCCAAAACAGCCAGACAGUAAAACCCGAGACCAAGCACCCGCACAGCCAUGGUCGAGCAAAGGAUAGACAAGCCUCCAAGAGCUACACAGGUCGAAGACCCACACAGCCCGAAAGCCCUACCACUUAUUUGAAAGACGGGUAGCGAAGAGGCACCAACCAAAUCCAGCUCCAGAACCUGCAAUAGAGAUGAACAAUGUUCUACCGGAUCACACCACCGGUGAAUCUGGCACAGGGAUGAACAAAGUUCAAACAAGUCUCCAUCGUCGAGAAGAAGAUGCAGAUGACACACUGACGCUUCUACUCUACGCCUUGUCCCGGAUACAGAGAACCUGCCGCCGGUCACUGCUGCGCUUCGACGGGAACACACCGGAGUACUCGCCAUAGUUGAAACGGCCCACGAAGAAGGACUGAAGAACUCAAAGCCUCAGACAAGAGACAGAGCAUACUGGAUACGAAGGAGUGGCUCACGACAUCAAAGAGAGAGCAACCGCCACAACCGAAGACGGAGAAGCCAUAGACGACAUUCCUUCAAACCGGCAAGAAAGCUGCAGACGAGGACUCACAGAAGCUCGGCCACCACACAGUCACCAGACCUCCGUGCUCGAACCGAUAGAAGACAUCUAUCACCUCGCUUGAGCCAGGUACGAUCUUCCCUCCCAUGCGAGACACCAAGCAAGAGAAAGAAAGAAAGCCCCGACUCCUCACCACGACGAAGACCACUUCGCAGCUGGAGGAGAGAGACGUCGACGAACACCACCCGCCAACAACACCGAAAGCUUCAAUAGGACAGAGAAGGAGAAAAGCCUGAACCACCAAAGCUUUCACCCUAAAAAGCCGACUCCGGCGGCCCACAACCCUCACCGCCGUGCCGAAUCUCCAGAACAGGAACCCCUAGCCACGGAUCUAAACUUCCCCGGAGCAACUCUAGAUAACCCGAGCCAGAGCUCCGCCCACAGAACCGAGCAAAACGGAGAUGAGAAGAAAGAGAGGCAAACCGGAGCAAAUCGCAAAGAGGAAGAGAUGAGGAGGCGGCCUCCGGCGACCACGCGCGCCACCGCUGGUCGCCGGAGCAAAACGAGUUCGACGAAGCUGGCGGCUAGAUGAUAAGGUAAAAGGAAGGAGGAGAACUUCAGAGGAGAGAGAAAAACCUUUCAACUUUUCCUUUCUAACGUUUCUUUCCCUCCUGCCGUAGUUUCUUGAUACGUUCGUUGUAUGACUUUUCAUAUCCUUUGACUCUAUUUUACGUAAAGGACUUUUCGACUUCUUCCAGAAUUUUCAUUUCUUCUAUUUAAUCUUCUUUAGUAGUUGGAGAUUUACGAGACUGUUUGUUGCUUCGUUCUAUUGGGGUUUGAUGACUAGCCGAAAAAACACGCAUUGGUGUAAUACUUGUAGACGAGGAAUCCGUCUUCAAGGAGAAGACCUAAGAAGAGGAGGAGGUUGCAGUCACUGCGGUAACACCUUUCUCGAAAGGCUCUGUGAGAAUGUUGAACUAAACCCGUUUGAUUUAUUCGGUUUAGCCAUUCAAGAAUCUCGUAGCCGUCGGGUCAACAACAGAAGAAGACCGGUUCUUGAAAACCAAUUGAGUUUUCAAGAGUUGUUUAACCGGCUUUCAGCUCAAGACCGCCGUGGCCCACCUCCAGCUUCACCAACCGUGAUCAACUCCAUGCCAAAGAUCAAGAUCAGGAAGAAGCAUCUCGGUUUGAAUCCGUGUUGCCCGGUUUGCCAAGACCGGUUUGAAAUGGGAUCGUCUGCAAGAAAGAUGCCGUGUAGACAUAUCUACCAUUCGGAAUGUAUAGUCCCGUGGCUAUUCCAGCAUAAUUCUUGUCCAGUGUGUCGCAAAGAGCUGCCAGAAGACGGGAACAAUGGUCGAAAAAAUCCCUUUUUGUUUCUGUGGCCGUUUACAUCCUCUGGUGCGGCCUCAAACUAUAAUGGACCACCUUUUCAUUGAGAUGCUUGUGUAACAAAUCACAAUCCAUGAUAUAUGUUUUAUUUUUUUGUUUAAUUAGUGAUUUUUAAAAAUUAUAUCGAUGUACAAAGGGUUUUGUAGCUCAGUACGAUUUGUUGUUAUAUGUAAUGUAUAAAUUUUAAGUAAUUUGUAUCAAAAAUUUGUUAUCACUA